AUGGCAAAUACUUAUGUUACUACAUCUGAUGGGUACUGUCUUGCUGAACCAGUGCAGUACUAUGAUAUUCUGCCAGAGCAAAUCAGUUAUCAGCUGUACGACACUGAUUUUCAAGAAUCGCCUUUUUGCCAGUAUUCUACCGUCCAGUUGCCAACAGCUCUACAGUCCCAAUCUUUACAAAGUCAUUUCAACACUUGCAGCUUGGAUCCACAGUUCAGUGGUGGAGAAUGUGGACUUGUUUCCUGUGAAUUAAAUAAACCCACUUAUGUGGUUGACCAUGAUGUUGAAGAUGGAUACUCUGGAAUAAAAAGGUCCAGACUAACUCAUUCUUCUAUGCGAAUUAAGAGACAGGAAGACCUCUGUGUAGUUUGUGGUGAUAAAGCAUCAGGAUAUCAUUAUAAUGCACUUACUUGUGAAGGUUGCAAAGGUUUUUUUCGACGUAGCAUCACCAAAAAUGCAGUAUAUCAUUGCAAGAAUGGUGGCCACUGUGAAAUGGACAUGUACAUGCGUAGGAAAUGUCAAGAGUGCAGACUAAAAAAGUGUAAGGCAGUAGGAAUGUUGGCAGAAUGUUUGCUCACAGAAAUCCAAUGCAAAUCAAAGAGACUUCGAAAGAAUUUUAAGCAGAAGAAUAGUUUUUCCUCUAGCAUCAAAGUGGAAGAGGAAGUAGACAACAAGCUUGUAUCAUCCACCACUAGAUCUGGAAAAGUGAUUAAGGAGAGCAUGGAACUAACUCACGAGGAACAUCAGCUCAUUAAGGACAUUGUGGCUGCUCAUCAAAAAUACACAAGUCCUUUAGAGGAAACAAAGAUGUUUCUCCAGAAAUAUGCAAAUCCUGAGCUGAGCUUUUUGCAACUCUCGGAGUCCAUGGUCCUACACCUACAGGGGUUAGUGGAUUUUACCAAGGGACUCCCAGGAUUUGAAAAUUUGACAACUGAGGACCAGACUGCAUUACGUAAAGGAUCAAAAACUGAAGUGAUGUUUCUUCACGGGGCCCAACUUUACAGCCUGAAAGAAUGUCUUUCGUCAGCUUCUGAAAGUACUAUGAGAAUAUCAGAUCAUUCAGAUCACUCACUGAAUUGUCACAAUCAGAGUGUUAAUAGAAGUGUUAUUUAUUCUAUGGAAACCUUUUGCAACGAAGACUGUCCUCCUACUACACUGACUGGUAUUGCUGAAGAAUUUAUUAACACAUUGUUUUACUUCUACAGAAGAAUGAGUGAGCUUAAUAUUACUAAUACUGAAUAUGCUCUGCUUGCAGCAACAACUGUGUUUUUUUCAGAUCGUCCAUGCCUUAAAAAUAAGCAAUAUGUGGAAAAUUUACAAGAACCAGUUUUACAGAUUUUAUACAAAUAUUCAAAAAUUUAUCAUCCAGAAGACCUACAGCAUUUUGCUCGUCUCAUAGGGAGGCUCACAGAACUGAGGACACUGAAUCACAACUACUCAGAAAUACUUAGCGCUUGGAAAGCAAAGGACCCCAAAUUGGCUAGUUUACUCUCAGAGAAAUGGAAUUUGUAUUCACAUUGCUGA